AGAUCAAUCCAAAUUGCAUCCCAUCUGGGCCCACACUUUGCUUUCCUUUCCAAAAAAUUAAAAAAAAAAAGGAUAAAAUAGAAAGGAUGGAGGAGAAAGAGGGAAUGGACUUCUCUAACCUUCCCUUUGCCAAUAGGACACAAUUUUGCAUUCCAAAUUGUCCAGCUCUGAAGAAAGGAAAGGUCUAUGCCACAACCAAAGUCUAUGCAUCUUGGGAGGAAAGAAAGAAACCAAGCAAACCAGACAAUUCAACCAAUCUCCCUCCUCUUCAAGCGAUGCAAAACUCUCUAAUAAGAGACAACCCAAAAAAAACUCUCUAAAAAGUAUAACAUAACUAAACUCCUCUCCCCACCUCCUCUUCUCAAGCAAAAUCUAUAAGCCGAGAUGGAGAAGCCCCGGUAUGCAACAACUCCGGCCAUAGUCUCCGCCGUGGUCAUCCUCCUCGGCGCCGCUGCCUUCGCCUGUUGUAUCGCUGCGGAGUUCAAGAAGUCCAAGGCGGAGGAGAUGAGAAUCGACGGGAGCCUGUGUCAUCUGCCGAGGAGCCCUGCUUUCGGCCUGGGCAUCGCUGCGGUCGUCUGCCUCUUUGUAGCGCUGGUUGCAGGGACUACGGUCGCAGCCAUAAGGAUGUGGUCGAGAGAUGACAAGUCUAGGAGAAAUAUAUCUAUGCCUAUCAUCCUCUUGGUCCUAUCUUGGACCAGCUUCGCACUGGCUGCAAUCCUGCUGGGCGCAGCAUCGAGCAUGAACAAUAAACAGCUUUACGGCGAAGGAUGGAUGGACGGAGAAUGCUACGUCGUCAGGGAUGGUGUUUUUAUUGGGUCGGCUGUACUUGCAGCCGCAACUAUAAUUCUCACACUUGGUUUUGUACUCGCGACAGCAACGGAGCGAAAAUACAGGCGAACUGGCCCAGACGAAGAGAGAAACCGAAGGAAUGAUCAGCGACAAAAGCAGCCCGGUCCCUGACGUGAACGAUGCUGCCCGGUCGAGAUGUUCCAGCGGUAGAUUAGGUCCCCACACGUUGGAAGAUGUUGAGAUGAGAGGAAGCUUCAUAGGAAGGGAAUUAUUCUUGUCUUAGGCUAGAGGGUCAAUAAAGAACGGCCUCUCUUAGUCUUAACCUAAAUAUUAGAAUCCUUGUAAAGGGUCCAGUGUUACAAUCUUGUAUUCUCAUUCAACCGCACAAAUACAAUCAACAAAGAUUUACGCCGAAUUUGAAUCAGCAGUUGAUAUUGGCUCUAUAAAUGGAUGAAAU